AUGGAAUUUUGGCGGUGUUAUCAGCCCCUCAGAACAGUGCUGUCUCAGCUCUCUACCGGCUCCCGAGGCUUCCAGGGCGCUGAUGGGUGGGCAGGAGGGGGCGCCCCCGCCCGGGGUCUCCGGCGCUUCCGCUACGCCCCACGAAGGGGCGUGGCCAAACGGGGGCGGGGCGCCCGGGCGUCGGGGCAGCGCGAAGAUGGCGGCGGUGAUGGCGGCGGCGGCGGGUGGGGACUGAUCCCCGAGGCUCAGAGAUGCCUGGUGGGGACAGAGCAGGAGGAGCAAUUGCGCGGCCGCCCUGGGGGCGCUUGGCACCGGGGAGCUGACUCAGGCGCACCUGUCACACCGGGGCGCCGGGAGGGGCAGCACCGCUCGCAACGGGGCAGCGAGUUCCAGGAUGGCCUGGGCCACAAGACAACUUUCUUGAAAACAAGGAAGGUUCGGGCUGAGGCCUGCCUGAGUCCCUUGGGUCUGCCUGCCCAGGAACCAAGCUGUGGGGCCAGGACAGCCAGACAGGAGGGUGCUGGAGCUGAGGUCUGUCUCCUGCUGCCUGCAGGUCUUCGCUCAUGGGAGGAUGUGGACCCCACCAUCUGCAGCCUGGAUGAGCAGCUCAAGGCUUUUGUGUCCCGGCACUCGGCCACCUUCUCCAGCAUUGUGAAAGGUCAGCGGAGCCUGCACCACCGUGGAGAGACCCUGGAGACGCUGGUCCUGCUGAACCCUUCAGACAAAUCCCUGUGCGAUGAGCUCCGGAACCUCCUGAUGGACCCUGCCCCUCAUAAAGUGCUGGUGCUGGCAGGACCCUGCCUGGAGGAGACUGGGGAGCUGCUGCUGCAGACCGGGGGGUUCUCAGCGCAGCACUUCCUGCAGGUGCUGGGGGACAAAGAGGUCCAGGAUGCUCUGGCCUCGGCACCCAUUGCCCCACCGGCCCUCACCCUGUCCUGUCCGACCUUUGGGGACUGGAUGCUGCUGGGCCCCACGCCUGGCCUGCGGCUGCGCCUGAACCCACCCGCGCGGCUGCCAGCCUCCGAGGGCCUGCGCGCCUUUCUGGAGUAUGUGGCUGAGUCGCUGGAGCCGCCAUCGCCCUUCGAGCUGCUGGAGCCGCCGGCCGCAGGGGGCUUCCUGCGCCUGGCGCGGCCCUGCUGCUAUGUGUUCCCUGGUGGCCUGGGCGACGCCGCCUUCUUCGCAGUCAAUGGCUUCACUGUGCUGGUGAAUGGCGGUUCCAACCCCAAGUCGAGCUUCUGGAAGCUGGUGCGCCACCUGGACCGCGUGGACGCAGUGCUAGUGACCCACGCAGGCGCAGACAGCCUGCCUGGCCUCAAUAGCCUGCUGCGCCGCAAGCUGGCAGAACGUGAGGCUGCUGCAGGGCCACAGGGACAAUGCGAGGAGAGGCUGCGCCGCCUUCUGUCCCCUGCCCUGGGUGUCGUAUUCCUCAAUGCUCGAGAGGCAACAUCUCGGCUGCGCGGGGGUGAGGAUGAGGCAGUGUGCGCGCGGGGCCUGCUGCGCAGCCUGGGCAUUGCACCCCUGCCCCUGCAGCGUGGCCCGCAGCCCACACGCCCCACUGUCCUCUUUGAGAAGCUGGGUGUUGGCCGCCUUGAGCUCUUCGUGCUGCACCCGCCACCUGGGGACCCUGCGGCACCGGCCUGCGCACUGCUGGUGUGGCAGCCUGCAUCGCCCAGUGACAAGGUGGUUCGAGUGCUGUUCCCUGGACGCACGCCGCCCACACGCCUGCUGGACGGGCUGCAGCGCCUGCAGCAUCUGCCGUGUCUGCGCCGGCCAGUGGUCACCACAGGUGACUUGGAUGCUCCUGCGAGGGCUGACAGCCAGGACAGCUUGGCCUCGCGGGACAGCUCGCGUAAAGAACCUGUCCGCAGCACCAUCAGCAGCUCCGCCAGCAGAAGCACAGUGCGGAGAGAGCCAGCUCCGCCCACGCGUGACCUGAAGAAGGAUGCAAAACCUGGGCCCACACGGCCUACAGUCCGAGACAUGCGCCGCUCCGGGCCAGGUGUCGCCAACACGAAACCUCGCACGUCACAGAAUGGUCCCCGAGCCCCGGUUCCCUCAGGGCCACCUAUGGCUCAUGUGCCGCAGUGCCCCGCAGAAGCAGGGAGCAGUCUGGAGCCCCAGCGGCCACCUGCCCCGUCCCCAACCCUGUCUCCAGCUCGGUCCCCACCACCUACCGCACCUGGCAAUAGCCCUGAGCACCUGUCACUCAGCCCGCUACGCCCAGAACCUGCCCUGGAUGCGUCACCCUCAGCCACUACACCCACAGCCACGACACCCACUCUGACCACACCCUCGUUGCCUGCGGAGCUGGGCUCACCGCACUCCACUGAGGUAGAUGAGUCGCUGUCCGUGUCCUUUGAGCAGGUUCUGCCAGCAGGUGACUCGGGGCUUAGCCUUCCCCUGCGCCUUGCUCGCCGCUCCACAUCCCCACAUGAUGUGGACCUAUGCCUGGUGUCCCCUUGUGAGUUUGCGCACCGCAAGCCGCCCCCUCCUGCAUCUCCGGGCAGCUCGGACAGCAGCGCUCGUUCGCAGGAGCGGCCACCGGAGACGCCGCCUACGUCAGUGAGUGAGUCACUGCCCACGUUGUCUGACUCUGAUCCUGUGCCGGUUGCAGACUCCGACGACGAUGUGGGUAGUGAGAGUGCAGCCAGGGACCCGCUGCCCACACCCCGUGUACCACCACCGCUGCCCGAUGCCCCCGGCAUCUGCAUGGUGGACCCCGAGGCCCUGCUGCCCCGAGCCAGGCAGCCGCCCAACCCCACCAAUCCUGGUCGCAGCCGCAAGGCCCCUGCAAGGCCGAGCUCCGCCUCCGCUGCCCCCAGAGCUGCAUCUGUAGCUGCCAAGACCAAGGGCCCUGCAGGGGACCGAGUCCGGCCACUAAGUGCCCGCAGUGAGCCUGCAGACAAGCCAGGCCGUGUGCCCCUCACCAGGAAGCCCUCAGUCCCCAAGACUGUCUCAAAAGUGUCUCCUGCCACGAGGACCUCCUCUGGGCUCAGUGGCCGCCCAGUGCCACCUGGGGCUGGCUCCCCUGUCUACCUGGACCUGGCUUACCUGCCUGGGGGUGGCGCGGGCCACCUGGACCCGGACUUUUUCCUUCGAGUACGUGCACUCUGCUAUGUCAUCAGUGGGCAGGGCCAGCGCCAGGAAGAGGGCCUGCGGGCCGUGUUGGAUGCACUGCUGGCUGGCAAGCAGCAGUGGGACCUUGACCUGCAGGUCACACUGAUCCCUACCUUCGACUCAGCGGUGAUGCACAGGUGGUAUGAGGAGACGCACGAGCAGCACCAGGCGCUGGGCAUCAGGGUUCUGGGCAGUGGCAGCAUGGUGUCCAUGCAGGACGAGGCCUUCCCUGCCUGCAAAGUGGAGUUCUAGCCACGGGCCACAGCACACCCUGAGGACAGCAGCUCCUCACUGCAGCUGACUGACUCCCCAGCUUCCUCCCCAGCACUACAGAUGGAGCAGUGUUGCUGUCAUUACUUGUUUGUGCCGGGCACAAGGCAGGCUAGCCCUCCAUCCUAGCACUCAGGUUGCAGAGGCAGGAGGUUCCAGGCCAGCCAGGGCUGAGCCACAGUGAAUCCUUGUUUCAAAAACCAAAACAAAUAAAGCAGUUGAGUCAGAUUUUGGUCUUGAUGUCUUAGUUAGGUUUCUAGUGCUAUGUAAACACCUUGGCCAUAAACAACUGGAGAAAGGGGUUUGCUCAUGGCAGGAGGGAGCCUGGAGGCCUUGGAGGGGAGCUGUUUACUCGUUUCCCCCCUGGCUUGCUCACUGUGCUCUUACACACCCAGCCCAAUUUGGUGGGGGCAAUUUCUUAUGUUCCCUCUUCUUAAUGGCUGUAGCCACCACACUUGGAGACAAUUGGGAGCCUUAAUUGAGAAAUUGUCUAUAUCAAGCUAUAGGUAUAUUUUCUUAAUUAGUGAUCGUUGCGGGAGGGCCCAGCCUGUGGUGUGCUAUGCCAUCCCCUGGCUGGUGGUCCUAGGUUUCAUAAAAAAGCAGGGUGUGCAAGCCAGUAAGCAGCUCCCCUCCAUGGCCUCUACAUCAGCUCCUGGCUCCAUGUUCCUGCCCUGUGUGAGUUGCUGCCCUGACUGCCUUCGAUUGUGAACAGUGAUAUGGAAGUGUAAGCCAAAUAAACCCUUUCCUCCCCAA